CUUCAGCUUUCUUCCUUUUCUUUAUUUCCCCUCCUUCAAGUUCGAGUGCAGACUGCCCACCCCUUAUUCAAGUUCGAGUGCGGACUGCCCACUUCUCGCUUCUCUCUGCGGCCGCCGCCGUCUCAGGCUUGGUGGAAGUAAUGGCCAGGCUCAAGGGGCUUCCUGGGUUUCUUGAAUCAAUUACUCGGGGAAGAUUUCGUCAGGUUAUACCUUUGUCAGCUUCUGGCGGUUCUUCAACUAAAUAUUUUCGAUAUUUAACCGUUUCUGCUGCAACUUCAGAACAAAGCAAUGCGAGAACGCCGCCAACGGUAGAUUCCAAUGAUGCAAAACAGACGGGAGAGUCUGAUAAGACAGAAUCUGAUAAAAAGCCUGUUCGCGGAGGGCCUGUGUCAUGGUUGAGCCUUGUUUUGCUUGUUCUGACUGGAGGGGGACUACUUGUUUAUUACGACAGAGAAAAGAAACGGCACAUCGAAGAAUUGAAGGCGAGAUCAAGCGUGGUGAAGCCCGGACCGUCCGUAGGCACUGCUGCUAUUGGCGGUCCAUUUAAGCUUGUGAACCACGUCGGAAAACCUGUCACCGAAAAGGACUUUCUUGGGAAGUGGACGCUGAUUUAUUUUGGUUUCACCCACUGCCCUGACAUUUGUCCUGAUGAACUCCAAAAAAUGGCUGCUGCUGUUGAUAAGAUUAAAGAAAAGGCAAGGAUAGAAAUUGUACCUGUUUUUAUUUCAGUCGAUCCAGAGAGAGACACCGUUGAGCAGGUUCAUGAUUAUGUCAAAGAAUUUCAUCCAGAUUUAAUAGGAUUAACUGGCACACCGGAUGAGAUACGACAAGUGGCCCGUGCAUAUCGAGUUUAUUACAUGAAGACCGAGGAGGAGGACUCCGAUUAUCUUGUAGAUCACUCUAUUGUCAUGUACCUGAUGAACCCCAAAAUGGACUUUGUUAAAUUCUUCGGCAAGAACUAUGAUGCAGAUGCACUCGCAGAAGGUAUUAUAAGAGAGAUAAAAGGAAGCAACUGAAUAGAUUUCUGAGGAUUUUUUUUUUCAAUCUUCGGCGGAGGUAUUCUUUGUUUCCUCCGAGUUUUUCUAUUCGUCAUUUAAUUUUCGAUGAUUUUAAUCGUUGCUACUGAUGCGAUGUUGGUGAUUAUCCUUUGUGAAAGUGUUGUUAUGUUCUGUAAAAUUUCACUUCCUGUUUCAGAAAAAUUUUGAUAGUUGAACUUGCAUUUCAGUCGAAAUUUUUUGCGUUC